AUGGUUGAGCAUAUUCGUAAACAGAUAAUAGUACGAAUGAGUAAUCGUCGGUUACUUGGAGAUAAAUGGGUUGGAUAUCUCUGUCCACAAGCAGAGAUGGUGCUUAAAGAAAAUAUAGAGAAAGGUCAUCCAUUGGAUGUUAAGAAAGCUGCAGCUGACAUAUUUGAAAUGCAAGCACAUAAAACUACCCGCGUUGAUUUGGAGAAGAAGACAUGCACUUGCCGUGCUUGGGACGUCAUGCGGAUUCCGUGUAAACAUGCAUAUGCAGUCAUCUCGUACAUGAAGAGAGACAUUUACCAAUAUUGUGAUUGGUUUAUGUCCACAGAAGAAUUUAAAAAGAGCUAUGACCCGAUUCUCUAUCCUAUAACAGAUUAUGAGAAACGAAGUGUGCCAAGGGAUGAGAUCGAGCUACUUCCACCAUAUACUACCAAAAAAAGGGAGAAAUAA